GAGAGAGCAAUCUAGCUCACAGGCUGGCCAUCGCGACACACUCCCUCACACACACAUACACACUCGCACUCAGUUACAGCGAGCUGCAGGGGUAGACUGUGUGUGUGUGCGUGCGCUGUGCUGCAGAAAUCGAACCGAAGAAGCACUAGAAGAGUGUGGAUUGUAUAUUUCCUUUCAUCGAAUGAAGGACUACAAGUCUGGACUGUACUGGAAAGUGUUUUGAGUGGAUAUUUUAGUGGAUUUUUUCGCUUGCGGUGGAGUUUGAAGGACCCGUGUGGAGAUAUGGACAUUCGGGAUCUCUCUUACUGCAGGGCUAACUCGCCGGUGGUGCCGUUCGCUUAGAAAAAGGGAAUUCAAAACUCGGUGAUAGGGAGUUUUUAACGGAUAAUUGAUGAAGCGCUUUCUGUUCUGUGCUAACUUUGGGAGAGCUGGGAUUUACCGAGAAUCUGGAGAAACUGAGGCAUUUGUUAUAGUCGCUUUCCCCGCAUUUAAAAUAACUCACGGUUCAGGAACAGCGCGGAAAACAUGGAGACUGUAACUCGCCAAAGCUUUCAACCUCACCCCGGUCUGAAGCAGACUCUCAAACAGUUCCAUUUGAGUUCUAUGAGUUCUCUGGGAGGACCGGCGGCAUUUUCUGCCCGAUGGAAUCAUGAGCUUUUAUUCAAGAAAGAGGGGAAAGAGCCGGAGCCCGUUCUUCAUUUGCCGAUGCAGCCUCCGCCGGUGAUGCCGGGGCCCCUUUUCAUCCCGUCCGACCGCUCCACUGAGAGGUGCGAGACAGUCCUGGAGUCCGAGACUAUCUCAUGCUUCGUGGUCGGCGGCGAGAAGCGGCUUUGUCUGCCGCAGAUCCUCAACACAGUGCUGCGGGAUUUCUCCCUCCAGCAGAUCAACUCGGUGUGUGACGACCUCCACAUCUACUGCUCCCGGUGCACCGCCGACCAGCUGGAAAUACUCAAAGUUAUGGGGAUCCUUCCCUUCUCCGCGCCUUCCUGCGGAUUAAUCACCAAAACGGACGCGGAGCGCCUCUGCAACGCCCUGAUCUACGGGGGAACAUACCCGCCGCACUGCAAGAAGGACUUUACGGGGCCCCUGGAGCUCGAGCUUACGGAGAAGAGCUUCAAAGUGUAUCACGAGUGCUUCGGUCGCUGCAAGGGGCUCAUGGUGCCCGAGCUGUACGCCAGUCCGAACGCCGCCUGCAUCCAGUGCAUGGACUGCAGGCUUAUGUUUCCCCCGCAUAAGUUCGUGGUUCACAGUCACAAAUUGUUGGAGAACAGGACUUGCCACUGGGGUUUCGACUCAGCCAACUGGCGGGCAUACAUGCUCCUUAGCCAGGAUUACAACGGCAAAGAGGAAAAGGUUCGCCUGGAACAACUCCUGGACGAAAUCAAGGAGAAAUUCGACUUCGCCAACAAGUACAAGAGGAAAGCGUCAAGGACUUCUGAUCACAGUCCAGUGAAGAAGGCCAAACAUGAAGAGUUCCCGCCCCAAUCCCCCUCGACAGACAAAGACAAGCAACCUGAUUGGCUGCGCUCCCUCUCUGCAAAGGGUCUGAACUGUAUGGCUCCUCGGCAGAGGCCCUCAGCAUUCAGGCCGUGGUCUCCCAACAUCUCCAGCGACAAGGAGACCCCUACCAGGCCUGUGGCUCUGCUGAGAGACAGUUUCUACAGCUAUAAGAGUCUAGAAAGUUCCGUGGCCCCCAACGUGGCCCUGACCCCCCUGCCUCUGCAGAAGGUUGGUCAGGCAUCGCCCCUGGCAACCAGCGGGGCAGGUGAGGAGGGGUCGCGCCCCAGGAAGAGGAAGUUGAGCGGAGAGAUGCAGACGACCCCUGACCCCCCUGCCCCUCCUCCCCCCACCACUUCAGCCCCCCAGGAGGAGAAAGCCGACUCGGACGUAGACAUCGAGGUGGAGAGCCGUGAGGAAUUCACCUCCUCCCUCUCCUCCCUCUCCUCUCCCUCCUUCACCUCCUCGAGUUCCGCCAAGGACCUCAGCUCGCCUAGCACCCAAGGGCCCGUCUCCACGGUGACCUCGGGCUCUCUGGAGAGCUCAGCAGUGGCGACCCCUGCUGGCACGGGGUCAGAGGUCGUGACCCCGGCCCUGGAGUCGGAGCUGGAGACGCUUCGCCAGGCACUGGACGGGGGCCUGGACUGGAAGGAGGCCAAGGAGAAGUUCCUCCACGAGAUCAGCAAGAUGAGGGUGAAGCAGGAGGAGAGGCUGGGCUCGGCCCUCCAGGCCAAACGCAACCUGCAGCAGGAGUUGGAGUUCCUGCGUGUGGCUAAGAAGGAGAAGCUGCGCGAGGCGACGGAGGCCAAGCGUAACCUGCGUAAGGAGAUCGAGCGGCUGCGUGCCGACAGCGAGAAGAAGAUGCGCGAGGCGGGCGACGCCAGGCUGCGGCUCAAGAGGGAGCUGGAACAGGCGCGCCUCCUCAGGGUCUGUGACAAGGGCUGUGAGGCCGGCCGCCUCCGCGCCAAGUACUCCGCACAGAUUGAGAACUUGCAGGUGAAGCUGCAGCAGGCAGAGGCGGACCGUGAGCAGCUCCGGGCUGACCUGCUGCAGGAGCGCGAGGCCCGGCAGCAUCUGGAGCGCGUGGUCAAGGAGCUGCAGGAGCAGCUGUGGCCCAAAGCAGACAAGGGUGACCAGGCCAUCAACAGCGCCAGCCCCGCCACCCUCGCUGGCAAGGACUCCAGCAACUAAACACACACACACACACACACACACACACACACACGCACACACAUACAUGCACUCUCACAUAGGCACACACAUACAUGCCGACAGAUAUAUAUGCA